AUGCCAGUGGAUCGAACCCCGAAAGGUAAGCCUGCUGCUAAGGAAGCAGUUGAGGGCACAGGCAAGGAGAAGCAGCACGACGAGUCAGCAAUAUUCGAAGGAUUUGCAGAAUGGGAAAUCAGUGCUGAUUCCGAAACCGUGAAGGAAAUAACGUCGCUUUCCCGCCAGCGAGACCAGGUCACCAUGAAAGUAGUGCGUGUGCAAAGGGCGCUUGUUGCCGCUCGAAACUUGGUGAGCCUCUCACAACUCAGGACGUACAUGAAGAAUAUCGAUGUGGCCUACAACGAAUACAGCGCAGUGCAUAGCAAACUGGUUGCUAUCAUUCCCCAAGAAAGUUUUCAACAGCAGGAGGAAGUUUAUGUCGCAUUUGAAGACCGAUACAACUUCGUCCGCACGACCAUCGAUGAGCUAAUCAUGGCACACGAAAAUGCCAGUGUUCGUUCUCAAGCCCCGCAACAACAAAUCAUCGUCCAACAGCAACCGUUGAAGGCUCCAAUUCCAACCUUCGAUGGUGAUUAUGCCAACUGGCCGAAGUUCAAGGCCAUAUUCCAAGACUUGAUGGCCAACUCAGGAGACUCGAACGCGAUCAAGCUGUAUCAUCUGGACAAGGCUCUGGUUGGUGCAGCAACAGGUGCUCUGGAUGCCAAAGUAAUCAACGAAGGUAAUUACCAGCAAGCGUGGACCAUUCUCACCGAUCGCUAUGAAAACAAAAGGAUCAUAGUCGAGACGCACGUUCGUGGUCUGUUCAACUUGCAAGGAAUGUCAUCCGGAUCCCACAAGGAGGUGCGACGUCUGCUCGAUGAGUGCACCCGCCACGUCGAGAGCCUGAAGUAUCUUGAACAGGAAUUCCUCGGUAUUUCCGAUUUGUUUCUGGUUCAUAUGCUGACGACCGCCAUGGACAACACGACCAGGAUGGCAUGGGAAGGCACACAGAAGAAGGGCGUGCUACCCAAGUAUGCGCAAACCAUUACGUUCCUGCAAUCGAGAUGUGAAAUGUUGGAGAACUGCGAAACAGCUUUCCAGAAGGUUAAUGCGCAGCCCGCUUCCAAAUCGACCCCGAAGGUACAAGCAUUCCAACCGAAAGCAAGCAACCCGAAGGUCCAUGCCGCCGCAACCACACCAAUCAGCAAGGAGGUUUGUGAUUUCUGCCAAGGUGCACAUCGCAACUACCAAUGCAAUGCGCUUGGUAACAUGUCCUUUGACAAACGUAUGGAGAAGGUACGCACAACUGGUGUGUGUUUCAACUGUCUGCGCAAGGGGCACAGCUCCAAGGAGUGUUCAUCACCGAGGUGCUGCCAAAAGUGUCAGAAACGGCAUCAUACACAACUCCACAACGACGAGGUAAACCGAGAACCGAAAGCCAACGUGUCCGUUUCGAAAGAAGAGUCUCGCACAGUUCAACCGAAUAGCACGGUAGCAAACCCGCCAUCCGGAAGAGAUAUACCGAGCACAUCCUGCUCGUGUAACUACGCCGAUUCCACGAAAACUGUGUUCCUGCUGACAGCGGUUGUCAACGUGCUGGACGAAAACAAUCAACUGCAUUCAUGCCGAGUACUGCUAGAUAGCGGCUCUCAGGUAAAUUUCGUAACAAACAAUUUUGCAAAUCUUUUAAGAAUUCAGAAGCAUCGUGUCAACGUUCCAAUCUGUGGCAUCAACGACGUCAGGACUGUAGCCCACGACAAGGUGAUGGUCAACAUCCGAUCUCGACUCACCGACUUCCAAGCACACGUGGAGUGUUUGGUUACGCCCAAUGUGACAGGUGUCAUCCCGCCAACAAGAAUCGACGUGUCAUCUUGGAACAUUCCCUUCGGCGUCCAACUAGCCGAUCCGGAAUUCUACAAACCGGACAAGAUCGAUAUGCUUCUUGGUGCAGAGUUAUUCUUCAAGUUGAUGCGACCAGGACAUAUCAAACUCGACGACAGCCUUCCCGAUCUCCGUGAAACCUGCCUUGGAUGGGUUUUAGGCGGUGUAUUCACUAACACGAUCCACGCCAAUCAACCACAACAUUCGCUCAUCGUAUCGUUGGAUGACAUCGAGGAAUCCAUUCAACGAUUUUGGAGGCUCGAAGAGGUGCCAGAUUCGAGUCCUCUGACGAAGGAAGAACAGGAGUGUGAAGCCCAUUUCGUCGCCACCCACCAGCGUGAUGAAAAUGGACGAUACCAAGUGAGGCUACCGUUCAAGGAUAACGUGCACGAGCUUAGUGACUGCCGAGCGGUUGCUUUGAAGCGAUUCCAGAUGCUGCAGAGGAGGCUGCAGCGGAACCCCGAUUUGAAAGAGGAGUAUGUUCAGUUCAUGCGUGAGUAUGAAGAGCUGGGACACUGCCACGAAGUACGAGAAGAAGACGAUCCACCGCACCAGCAAAACUACUACCUGCCGCACCAUGCGGUACUUCGCCCAUCAAGUUCGACCACCAAGUGCAGGGUGGUAUUUGAUGCCAGCGCCAAACCAACAGUGAACAACCGUUCACUCAAUGAGGUUCUACAAGUCGGUGCAGUGGUACAGAAAGAACUCUAUGACGUCAUACUCAGGUUCUGCAAGUACCCAGUUGCAUUCACAGCCGACGUGCCGAAGAUGUAUCGACAAAUCAAGAUGCAUCCAAAGGACACACACUAUCUCCGUGUUUUUUGGUGUGAGCAGCCGUCAGAGCCACUCCGAGUCUUGGAGCUCACGACGGUUACAUAUGGAACAGCAUCGGCUCCGUUCCAAGCUACCAGGUGCUUGCAGCAGCUCGCCGAUGAUGAAUCAACCGAUUUUCCGAUCGGUGCGCAAAUCGCCAAGGAGGAUUUUUACGUCGACGAUGCACUUUCCGGUGCAAAUUCACUUCCGGAGGCCCUAGAAGCAGCAAGGCAGCUGGAAGGCUUACUGAAGAGAGGAGGGUUUUCGCUGCACAAGUGGUGUUCCAACUCAAAAGAGUUUUUGGACCACAUUCCAAACGAUCGACUGGAACAGCCCGUUCCAUUGGGAGAAUACGGACCGAAUGGAGUCAUCAAAGUGCUAGGCUUGCUUUGGGAUCCAAAAGCCGAUCAUUUCCUCAUCGCAAGGCCGCCACAAUGUGAUUUGAAUCAACGAUCAACGAAGCGUAUCAUCUACUCCGAGGUGGCCAACCCUAAUAAAAAAUAA